UUAAUAUUAAUAUUUAUAUUGGAGCAAAAGGUGAUAUCGCUCAGAGGACAUUUUCCCCUAGCGCAGGGACCCUUUGCAUAAGGAGGUUAGACACUCAACGAGACAUUCUGCAUCCACUGUGAAUUAUCCCCAAGACAGAUUAGCAAAUACUCAUGUAGGUACCAAUUACGCCAACUCAUGGGGACAAUAUUAGUAUUUAUAUAAACAUUAUAAGUGUUGUGUUAAAUGCAUGUGUUGUAAUAGUAUAUAAUUAAAAUUAUUUUAAAAAUGUGUCAGCAUACCUAUAUGUCCAGAAUUUGAUCCUUGUUUUCUAAGUCCUUGUAUCCUUAUUUGGAAAAAUAACCGCAUGUUAUGGAGACCCAUACUUGGACCAAAUACUCAUGCCCGUUAGAAUACCAUAGUUUUAUGUUGUCUGAGCAUGGACAAUGGCUUUUGCCGUAACAUGAUUCAGCCUAAACAUCUUGACGUUAUCUGUUUCUUAUCAUUGUUGCAGAAACCAUGAAAAGGACACUAAAAUUACUGGAUCAUUUGAAGCAACAGAUCAUUGAAGGCAUACCUAUCAUAGGAGCAGGUGCAGGGACUGGAAUAUCUGCCAAGUUUGAAGAAGCUGGUGGAGUGGAUCUUAUAGUCUUGUACAACUCUGGGCGUUUUCGAAUGGCUGGAAGAGGGUCAUUGGCUGGGUUAUUGCCAUUUGCUGAUGCAAAUGCAGUUGUUCUUGAGAUGGCCAAUGAAGUGCUGCCUGUGGUGGAAGGAGUACCAGUUCUUGCUGGAGUUUGUGCCACUGAUCCAUUCCGCAUAAUGGACUAUUUUCUAAGACAGCUGGAAGCAACAGGAUUUUUUGGUGUUCAGAACUUUCCAACAGUCGGACUCUUUGAUGGUAAUUUCCGCCAAAACUUGGAAGAGACAGGAAUGGGCUACGGGUUGGAGGUUGAGAUGAUUCACAAAGCUCACAAAUUAGGGUUAUUAACAACCCCAUAUGCAUUCAAUCCAGAUGAAUCUGUCGCUAUGGCCAAGGCUGGUGCCAACAUCAUCGUAGCACAUAUGGGUCUAACAACAUCAGGAUCUAUUGGUGCCAAGACAGCAAUAACUCUUGAUGAUAGUGUUGGAUGUGUUCAAGCAAUUGCAGAUGCUGCAAUAGGAAUUAAUUCUGAAAUCAUUGUUCUUUGCCACGGAGGUCCUAUCUCGGGUCCAAAAGAAGCUGAGUUCAUACUCAAAAAUACAAAGGGAGUCCAUGGGUUUUAUGGUGCGUCAAGCAUGGAGAGGCUUCCAGUUGAACAAGCUAUUACAAAUACUGUGAAGAAGUACAAAAGCAUCUGCAUCAAGAGAGACUAAAAGCUCUCAAUAUAUUAUCCUACGUGUUAAUUUCUUAUACUAUGUCGAUUACACUUCUUUGUAGUUGGGAUUUUGUCAUAAAUUCUGCAAUAGGAGGUGUUUGUUUGAGCACAAUGUAAUGUCUUCCAUCUUUUUUUAUUUAUUUAUUUAUUUAUUUAUAUUUCUUCUCAUUAAUUUUGAAAGAGGGUAGCAUCAAUUACUGUUGUAACUGGCAUGAAUAAUUUUUUCCAUGGAGAGAUUUGCGUUUA